UCUCCGUGAAACAUUUUCAUUAUUGAAAACGAUUCAAACGAGUGCCAUUUCGUAUUGAACUCGCGUAUAAAAACAAUGGCAUAUUCAAAGAAUAGUGCUGUCUUUUGGCUGCUGUGUUUCGUAAAUUUAUCCAAUUGCAUUUCCUUAAAUUUUAAAACACUCCAAUAUAACACUACGCAGGAAAUCCUUCAGGAUGUCAGUAAUGACACAGGAGGGACAUAUGAAACAAAAGAGUCACAUAAUCACGUGUCUAACAUAGAAGAAAAGAACAUGUCAACACUUGAAUCUACAAAGUUGCGAGUGAAAAGGCAGAGCAGUGGAGGUAAGUACACUGACGCAGCCAAGAUGCCUCAAGUGAAGGUGCUCCGCCUCUUCCUGCAGAUGUUCAAGAACAUGUGGGCCUCGGUAUACGUGGGGGGUGCCCACCCCUUCCAUCACGAAGUACCCAAACCACUCGUCCAACUGUUCAAGGACAAAAUUGUGGAGUUCUUCUUCCCCCCAAUCGGAGAAGAAGCCAAAAAAGAUUAAUUCUACUUUUUUAUCUUACAUGUAUAUUUUUCAAAGGAAAUGUGAGCUUGAUACUGCUUUAUAUUGUGUACUAAGUAACAGUGUAAGUAAGUACAAAACAUAAAAACUUGUAAAGCAAUUCGGUGCAAAUAAAUAACUUACGAAGGCUCA